UACUGGCAGCGAUCGGAAACACAGAAGACCGUGUUCAUCCUGCUGCUCUUCCUCCUCUCCUUCCUCCUCACCAUCUUCCUCACGCUCCUCUUCACCUUCAUGUUCGUUCCACGCCAGCAGCAGCAGCAUCCGCCCUCGGAAACACCACAACCCUCGUUACAGUCACUCCCAAACGAAAACACCCCGUUACAGUCACCUCUGUUACAGUCACAAUCAGCAGACUCCGAAGCACAGUCGGCCGACUCGUCAAGUUCACCAUCAUCACCUGUGGUAGACGGAUCCGAAAAUUCAUCACCAUCACCAGCAUCGGAACCACCUUCUGAGUGGCCUGCUUUGGACGUAUCCCAGCCUCCAGAUGCAAUGGUUGGCUCUCUCCAAGUGAAG